AUGGUAGGCUCGAUUGUUGGUGACCAUCCUCCUUGGAAAGUGCAGGCCCCGAAGUGCCACGACAAGAAAGUCGUGAACUCGGCAUCCGACAAGUUUCUGGCGUGCCCCAAGGAGUGCCCUGUCUACGCUGACGACCGCGGCGAUGACGUCGAUUGCAACUUCGAGUGUGUCGAGGCCACCCCUCAGGCUUGCACAGCCGUUAACAAGUUCGAGCCCAUUCCGGACCCGAAGAUGGGAAUCUGCCGUGCCUGCAUCAUCUACGGUUGUGCUGAGUGCACAACUGACGGCCAGGACACUUGUGCCAGGUGCGAGAGCGGCUACUCCGUGAGUGACAAGGGCACGUGCAUCAGCAAGAACCGCUACUACUGGUAUGCUCUCUUUGGUUUGCUGGGCUUGGUGGCCGUCUUCAUCGUGGCCUGGGUUGUGGACAUCUGCACUCGGCCAAUCGUCAAUGCUGACGGGCUCAAGGGUGCUCUGGACUACCGGUCACGGUCCAAGGUGCGGAUGCCCAAGACCGGUCAAGAGGACGAGGGUCGCGAGCUGUGGCCGCUUGACACCAAUCUGCUGCUGCAGGAUGUGGCAGGUGUUGGAGUGACACUUCAGUUCAACUUCCAGCUAUUCCUGAUACUCUGGUCCGUAGCCAUCGCAGUUGGCUGGUUGAUGUUGUCGCUGUCUGUGGACGAUGCGCUUCUCAUCCUGGGAACACGCCGGGCCAAAACAGCACGCCAGAACUGUAUUCUGGUGGCAUGGGGUUUCGAGACGCAGCAGAGGCUGAUGUGGACCAAGAUCGACUUUUGUGUCGCUGCUUACGUGCUGACAACCCUGGCCUGUGUGCUCUUUGGAAUUCGCCAGCUGCGCCUCUUCCAGAAGGUCGACAUGACAAACUCGACACACAAAGACUAUGCCGCCCGCAUCCGCAACCUGCCCAUGAUGGACGGGACGGCGCCUGUCGAGGAGGAGCUCAAGAAGCGCUUGGAGGAUGCCACGGGCCAGAAGAUCGUCGGAGUCUCGGUGUGCUGGGACUUCCAGGAGCACGAGGAGGAGCUCCUGGACCUGUUGCAGAGCCAGUUGGUGGAAAGGGAGCAGGAGUUGCACCCGGCCGCGAAGCGUGAAGUUGAGCCAGAGGAGCCGCAAGGCUUUUUUGCACGCCUCGAGCGGUCUGCCCUGGCCGCAGAUGCAGAGAAGGUCGUGGCCAAGGGAGAGAUGUCGGAGGAGGAGCAGCAGAAGGCCCGUGAAGAGGCCUUGGCCCACCCAGAGGAGGAGAUCAUCGAGGAGUGCAAGGAGGUGGACGUGGUUGAAAUCCUGAAAAGCCUCAAGACCUGCCCGGAUGCUUACGCAAUCUUCGAGACGGAAGCCGCCCGUGACGAUGCUGUGGAAGCGAUCGAAUCUUCGGGUGGCGUGGAGUUCCACGGGAACACUCUCCGUCUCAAUUCCUCGCGCGUUGAGCCACAGACUGUCAAGUGGCCGAACUGUGCCAACACCAACUUGCUAGUCAAGGCAAGGCGUAUCGCGAUGGGAAUGUGCAUCAUGUUCGCUGGACUGGCCCUGUGGGUGGUGGCCUUCUACCUGCCCUAUGCCUGGUUCACUUUGACUUUCAACUACUCCUAUGGCCAGGAGCCCGGUUUCGUGGCCGGCAUGACCUUCUCGAUGGUGGUUGUGGCCGGCAAUGCCUUGAUGUACCUGGUUUGCAGCGAGGUGGCAGACCGCACUCGCUUUAUCUACAUCGACGACCGCGAGGUUUGCUACAUGCUUCUUUACUGCUUCGCCUGUGUCUUCAACGUUGCACUGGAUCUGAUCACGACCUACAUGGUGGCCUACAGGGUGAACGUGGGCCUGCGCAUGAAGACCUACGAUGGCACCCUGCUGAGCAACCUCCAGUCAUUCUCCGACCGCUUUGAGUCCUAUGCCAUGCAGCGCACUUUGGCCAACAACCUCUACGCCUAUGCCUUCCCGGCCACCUUCUUGAUCCCCUUCUUGAUUGAGCCAAUUGCGACCAUCUACGCGCCCUACAAGCUGAUGGUGCUCAUCGUCCGUACUCAGCCCCACAUCAAGGGCUUCAUGGCCGAGAAUCUGCUGGGCGGAUUGGUGUUUGACCUUUCGCGCUACGCAGACCUCAUGCUCGAUGCGAUGAUCGCGGUCCUGAUUUUCUUCUUCCCCGGCGGGUUCAACAUCCAGAUGUUCUUGGGCAUGGCACUCUCGCACAUGUACAUCUACGCCUUCGACCACUACAGGGUCCUGCGAUCCAUCCAGAGCUGCAACUACACGGAUAAGAUGGUGGACUGGUGGUCGCAGUGGCUCAUGUGCAUCCCCUGCGGCUGCAUGCUUGCUUGCUUCGUCUUCAAGGCCAACUGCCAGCCCGGUUACUUCUGCAUGGAGGGCGAUUCAAUGGUGACCGCCUGUGCCGUCGCAUUCUUCGCCCACAUCUUCCUGCACACACUGCUGUUGAAGUUCGUCGUGCCCAUGUUCGGAUUGACGGGUGCAUCGGAUGGCGCGGACACCAACAGCUACAAGGAUUGCUCUCAGCGCCUGGCCUGCUCCUGGUUCACGGCAAAUCCCGUCUACUGCCUGCGAUCGCAGUACAUUUACAAGCACAGCCCUCCUUGCACUUACUACAUGCCCGGCAAAGAGCACCUUAUCGAGAAGAACGAAGAGAUCGGCCUCUACUUCAAAGACUGCCCGGCCAAGGAGGAGGACUACGACGCCCCUCAUGUCGACACGGAGGCUCUCAAGGCCCAUGUGGAUGACCUGAAGGGGAAAGUGUCGGGACAGUUCGGCGAGCUGACUCAGAAGGUCUCUGGUAAGUUCGAAGAUAUCAAGGGCCGCAUGUCCGGACACCUGGACGGCUUCAUGAAGAAGGACGAGAAGGACGACCCCGCCAGCUCCAGCUGA